AUGAGGCUCAUCAAUGUCGAUACUCUACAGUUGGAGGAAUUCUUCGAUGGCAACAUGCCCGAGUACGCGAUUCUCUCUCAUACUUGGGGUAAGGAGGAAGUGAGCUUUCGAGAUCUCUGCUGGCUCCACGAGUACGAGGGAAAUCGCGAAGCCUUUGCUUCUCUCGAAGGCCUGAUGGCUUCAGCUACAAUGAAUUCGGAAGAUAAGGCCCAAAAGUUACGACGGCGGUCCGGAUUCGACAAGAUUAUGCAGAGCGCACACCUUGCGAAAAUGGAGUCGUUACGAUACAUAUGGAUUGAUACGUGCUGCAUCGACAAGAGCAGCAGUGCUGAACUUUCCGAAGCCAUCAACUCCAUGUUCAGGUGGUAUCAAGAGGCCGAAAUUCAGGUUAUUGACUGGGAGGCGUUCCAUCUUGCCUUUUGGGAUGAUGAAGGAGGCACAAAUACAUUUAACCCGUACAGAACAUUAUCUCAAGGAGCUUUGGCCGAUGGAAUCGUCUCCGGCGCCCUUUACGCGUCUUUAGCCGAUGCCAUCGUCUCCGGCGCCCAAUUCCAUGCCUGGCGAGACUGGUCUGGAGAAUUCGACUUCUGCGUCAACGGCAAGCCUCUUAAAGCGAUCACGAGGUUUAGCAGAUGGCCCAAAAGAAUCGUCCUAGAAUGGUCAUUUUAA